UAUAAGUAUAUAUAUAGAUAUAUAGAUUUACUUAUAUAGAUACACUGGAAAACAGUGUCUUAUUGGUUUAUUUUGGGCAAAAGAAAAAUAUUUUUAAGACAUUUUUUAAGCGUGGUGGUUAUUUUUUUCACAUGACCAGAAUUGAUUAGAGUCUUCAGAGUCUUUGGAGUCUGUUCUAGAUACAUUUCUAGGAAAAUAGUGGAGCACAAUGCCUUUGGAAUUCAGGGAGGGGGAGUAGAACAAAGAUAAUAGUUGAGUUGAGCUGGUAUUUCGGUCAGAGUAACAAAAGGACCUGUCAGACAAAAGCUCUUAAAAGCCCUGUGAGAUAAUAUUACUGGAAAAGAACCACUCUGAUACUCACACAAGUCUUCAUACGUGUCCUUAAUUCACACUUACAUUCAAUGAAUCUGUUUUUAAUUCAUUUGUUCUCACCUACAGAGUUGUCUGUGGAGAAGAGAAGAUUUGACUGGCAUGCAUUGACACCACAGAGAAGUUAGAGACACACUCUGGAUUAUAAAAUAAAUUCACCAAACCACUCGAGACCAGACCACCAGGAAAGAGAAAAGGCAUUCCAGAUUUUUACAAAACUUCAUGGCUGUCCACCUGCCACCCAUGUGAGUGUGGAGUACAAGUCCAGAGGAUGAUGCUUUCUAACUGACCCCUACAAGUCUGUCAACAAUGUUCACCCCGAGGAAAAACAGCCUUCCCUCCCCCAGCCUGGAGGAUUCCUUCUUCCCUCUCUCCUCAUCCUCCUCAGUCUCGCUCUCCUUUGCACUCCCGUCAACCGCAUCCUCCCCCAGCGGCAGUGAGGGGAUAGAGACGGAUCUGAUCUUAGCUGCAGAGCUGGGACAGGCUUUGCUGGAGAAAAAUGAGGAGCUGGCAGCCUCUCUGGAGCAGAGUGAGAGGGAAGUAGAGGUGUUACAGCAGGAGAAGCAUGUUCUUCAGAGGAAGCUGGAGAUGAAUGAACUAACGUCUGGGCAGAGAGAGGCAGAGCUGGCGGCAGAUUUAGCUGCCUUGAGGGCUGAGCUGGACAAAUAUCACAACCAGGGCCGAGACCGUCGACGAGAUGAGAGUGAACAGCUGACGCAGUUGGCCAAUCAUAACCAGCGGUUGGUGGAGCAGCUAGCAGAGGCUGUAACUCUGGAACAUUCCUUGAGGACUGAGCUCCGUUCCCUCAGAGAAGAGAUGGAAGAAUCAUCUUUCAGCCGAAAUAUCAACUUCACACAAUUAGAGAAUAUACAAGCAGAGAACAGAGUUUUGCUGGGGCGACUGACACACAUGGAGGCACAACUAAAAGGUUCAGAGGAGGACAGCGAGAGACUCCGCACAGAGAGAGACAGACUGAGGGAGCGACUGUCAGAAGUCCAGAUGAAACUCAGAGAGAAAGAAGCAGAGAUAGAGCAAGAACAGGGAGUGGUGUUUGAGUUGCGAACCUUGAAUCGCUCUCUACAGCAGAAAGCUCUGAACCUGGGAGAAGAGAACAUUCUGGACAGUACACACACCCAGCCUCUGUCUCUGCUUAGUGAAAUUCAGCAAUCUCAGGCUAAAGAGGCCCUUCUAGCUCACUCCACAGUCCUGCAAGCAAGAGAUGAAGAGAUACAAACACUCACAGAGAAGCUGCAAUCUCAACAAGAAGAGCUGGAUGCUUUGAGGGAGGAAAUCAAGCCAUUUAGAAGCAGUCCUGGAACGCCAAGCUACAGUUCCUUAGAGAGUGAACUGGCCACGGUGCGGCAGGAGAAAGAGUCACUAACUCAGCAGCUUCUCAACACCAUCAAACACAAGGUAGCUCUUUCUCAAGAGCUGGAUGCCUGGCAGGAGGACAUGCGACUGGUGAUCAAUCAACAGGUGCAGCAAAGGGAGGAGGAGAGACAGAGGGAAGCAAGUCGAGAGAAAGAUAAUGGAGGAGGACUCCAGAGAAGCAAAUCUUUAAGACUGAAGGGAGAUGGAGGGAAAGGAUUCUUCUCCUUCUUCAAAGACAAAUAACAGAGAGCAAAGAGAGGUGGCAGCAGUUUAAAUGGUGUAUCAGCCUUUUUUGCCAGUGUGAACUCAUGCUGCUAGAUGAUGUACACUGUAAUAGGACUGUUGCAAGGGAAAUGUUUACAGAACUUAUGUUUGAAUAUAUUUGUAUAUAUGCUUGUACAGUUAUCAGUAAUAAGUAUUUAGGACUUUAUAUUAAUUUAAAGCAACCAGUCUCUGUUUAGUAUUUUAUAAUCUGUUGGUCGUCUUCCACCACAGUAUCUUAAAGCUGUAUUUUUACAUGAAGUUGCAUUUUAGUCACUUUUUGUUCGGGCAGAAUGUGAAGAACAGUUUAGACUUUUCUACAUGAGCGGCAAAGAAAGCAUGGUUGAAAAUGUUUGAUGCUGGAGUAAAAAAUUUGUAUGAAUUCUGGGACGUGCUCCAUAAAUGUAGCAAGAGGAGAGACUGAAGGGCAAUAACACAGGCUGAGCUUACACAUUUUGACAUUUGCAUACAUAGGCUGUUGCACAAACGGCGCAAACAUUUGCUUCAAUUUCUGUCUGAACACACUCUGAGGUACAACAAGAUGAACUGUACACAGAAGAUGCAUAUUUCAGCCUCAUACGUCUGUUAUUUUAGCAGCUGAACAUUAAUUGGAGGCUCCCGUGCCUCUGAUCACCAGAUGAAUGUCCAACAUUCACUCAUUUUGUUGUUUGUCUCUAACAAAUCCUGAGAAAAUAUCUGGCUCUUUAACGUGCUAUGUAAGUAAAGUCAAAAUGAGGAGCUAAAGGAGGCUAAAAAGCACCUCGGUGCUGAGGGUGCGUUCAAUCUUAAAUGGUAAUUUUCUGUUGGUUUGUCUGGAUGUACUCUCUCUGACGUCACCCACAGGUUUUCUGAAGAGCUGUUGUGAAGUUCAAAGUAUAGUGGAUCUGGUCUGGUGAGCUGUAUGAAGCCUGGUUGCUCAAACAAGCCACCUGUGACUAUCACCACCUGUCAAUCAAAGCGGCUUCAUUCUUAAUUAUGCAUAACUUUAAGCCUUAAUAAAAUCUGAACAGGCGAGUUUUAAAGGAAUUCACUCUCGGUACAGUUAUCAUUAACAGUGAAAUUAGCAAUAAAGACCAGGCUGUAAACAUAUUUCUGACUUUUUAACAUGGGGGCUUAUGGAGACCUGCUCACUUUUGGAUCCAGCCUCAAGUUGAGACACUUAUGUGUUAGCUCCACUUCAG